AUGACGCCCUUGCAUCCAAGUCUUACGUUCCACUUAAUAUUUGUUUCUGUCGCUGCUGGCCUGAACAACUGCAUCGCCGUCACUUCCAUCAAGGAUUACUCAUUGACCAACCACAUCUACAAGAUAUCAUCUGGGAAAUCUCAGCUGACGUGUAUAGUAGCAUGUGAUCAAGAUACAAAGUGUUACAGCUUAAAUUACAGAUUUCCCAGCAAAACUUGCGAGUUGAGUAACUCCACUCGAUUCGCGGAUCUUCAGGAUUUUUUGUUUUCACCAGAUGUUGUAUAUUUCGACCACUUGUCACGUCCCUCGGGUUCGUGCGUGGGUGACGCGCCGUGUAAAAACAACGGAAGGUGUUUCAAUCUGGCGAAGGCUCCUGGGUUUAAAUGCAAGUGUUACAAAGACUACACUGGAGAAACGUGCAAUGGUAAUUAACAUCAUACGGUGAAAUGAAAAUUAUAGGUUGGAUGGCCACAUUCCAAAGACUAGGAGGGGAGGAGGAGGGAGGGGAGGAGGGGGGAGGGGAAGGGGGGCGAGGAAGAACGUGAUGGGAUCGCAGGGACUCUACUUUUUCCUUUUCAUGCACGGUCUUCGCAAUCUCGAGCGCCUAAAUUCCCCCUUCUCUCUGAUCGCUUUCAAACCGCGUGCCAGGUUGAUUAAAAUGAAUGUAAAAAACAUAAAAGUAUGACAAAACGGGCUUAAUAUCAUUUCGCAUCAUUUUUGAUAAUCUAAAAAAAAGGAAAAAAAAUAAGGUUAAAAAGAUUGCAAAACAGUGUGAUCUGACACUAGGCCCAAGACGAAAUAUACCAAAAAGUAUUAGACAAAAAAAGAAAAUAAAUAAAUGGAAAAGUCCCUUUGCAACCGACUGAUUAAUGUUUUUUUGAGACUUAGUCUGGACUGUGGCGCUUCAUACCUCGGCCGUAGAAGGCGUUCUGCUUCCGUGGUAACCUAAAGAGUCUACGAAAACUCAUGCAUACAAUUUAAGAAUCGUCUAUCAAAUACUAUAUGAUGAUUUGGGCCAGAAAAAUCUUUCCUUAAUUUCCUAAAUGUGAUUAUAGCUCACAUGGGUGGGUUACAGGAAGCUCAUAAAUGGACUGAUAGCUGCCUUUUGCACCAUUGUAUGCUGACGUCCGAGCUUGUAAAGAGGACGCGUCUUGCUUUCCUCUAAUACACGGUAUUAAAUUUUACUCACUCUAGAUCUCUCGAUUGUUUAGUUUGUAGCUCUCCUCCACUGGGGAUGCGGGAUCGGCGAAUUCUUGAUCAUCAGAUAACAGCAUCAUCAGUGGGAAUGUCGUUAAGCCUUAAACGUUUUAAUGCGAGGGAUGCGCGCUUAUGGCUGAAGUCAUCUUCCUGGGUCAGUGCUCUUGUGGAUUACAGUCCUUGGCUACAAAUUACUUUCGCGCCUGAAAUAAAGCUAAUCACUGGUAUUGCUACUCAAGGCAGUCCAUUAUAUGAUUGGUUUAUUACGAGCUACACCCUAAAAUACAGCAUGACUGGUAAAAUAUGGAAAAAUUAUGAGCAAGGUGGAUUAAUCAAGGUAUGUAAUGCA